AGCCCAACUACCCCCCGUCACUCGCCCUUUCUCGCACAGGACCGCACGCUUUUUUUUCUUCCCUCUUCUCCUCCCAUCCAUCCUUUUUCUGUUCCCAUUCCUUCCUCCCCCUUUGCUGUUGUGCUUCUCGUCGCCAUCUCUCGUUCUUCUGCUCUUGUGCUGGUUGCCCAGUCGCGCUCUAUUUCUCCCACUUGAGGAAUCGCUUACAUACGCAGAGCCCUGACUGCCAUCGUUCUAGCGCCGCAGAUGGACCCUACAGCAACAGCGACCAUAUGAGCAGCGCAUCGAUAUCCGGGUGCUCCAGAAUUCCGCAACCCGAUCGGAGGCACAUGAAUCACGAGCGGGAAAAAGCAGCAGUAAAACGCAACGAAGAAAAAAAAAAAGAAAAAAAGGGCGAACAUGCGACCAAACGGGGGGUGGCCAGAAUUCGGCCGCUCAGUUAGGGCCCCGCCCUUCCAGGCCUGGGGUUGAAUGACGAUGGCUCCAAGCGGGCCAGGCAAUUGGGCGUGCCAACCCAGGUUUUGGGGGGUUGGUGACCUGCAUGGGGCCGUCCUAUCCAAGCACCACACGACGCCUCAUACAAAGCAGCGGCAGCCUGGGUCUAGUUUGCCAACACACCGGUCGCAUUUGGGGCUAGGCUGGGAUGCCUGGGUCCAAAUCUUGCGGCACUUGGGCGAGACGCAAGAGAGAGCCAUCGGCGACCAAUUUUUCUUUCUCCCUCUCUUCCGCCGGUUCCCCUUUUCCCGCUGGUCAGCUGCUGGGGGGUUUCGAGGAUGGGUAGCGGGAUGUCAUAUCGCGCAAACGCCGGCACGAAUGGAAACACUCUGGAACCAGAACCAAUCCACUUUCGUCCUCCCCGAGACUGGCCCCUGGUCGCUGGGCCCGUUUUAUUGGCGGGCCCGAUGCUUUCGAGCCACAACAGUCGAGAAGGCGCGCAGCACCAACGCCGGGACCUGCACGAAGCCCUCCAGGCGGGCUGCAUGCAGUGGCGACGUGCAUCGGUCAGCCAGGCAUCGAUGGCGCAGGACUGUCGGCCUGCAGCUGUCCAGGGCGCCAGGAUCCUUUCAUCACUGCUCUCGGCGAGAAAGUUGUCCCUGGCCUUUGCCAAAGCUCCUUCGUUGGCAAAGCUACUUGACGAUAUGCAUCGUUGUUGGGCUUGUCCUAGGAAAGCCACUUAUGUCAAAGAGCCACGAGGCUGACUUUCUUGAGGCACCAAGCCAACCUGGCGGCAAGAAGGGAAGGUGCUUGGACAGGAUGACCACGGGCGGUUGACGCAGGUCUCCCUCCAGUCUUUCUUCCCUCAAUCUCGGCUCUUGGUGUUGGCAAGAAAAAAGUUGGGCGUUACGCUACCGAUGCUCGCACUGCCAGACUCGACGACGACACUGCCAGCGGGACUUUGGACUUGACCCCAGGAUUGCCAAUUGCGCCGCCGCUUCGUUGGCUGGUUCGCCUGCAUCGAUCCGUGUCCGCCUGAGGGAUACAUUUCCUGGGCCCCUCGCGCCGAUGUCAAGAGUUGGACCGACAGGCUUGCCUUCUGGAGUAGCCUGGGCGAACCAAUGCAAUUAUUCGCCGAGCACGUCGCCCGCCUCGGUCCCACUCGCCUGGCUGUUCGUUAGGGCAACACCAGGAGCCGGCAUGGAGCUUGACUACAUCCGAUUAGCAUCGCGAGGAUCCGGGAAACAAUAUCGCCGUGUUUUGCUGCGGGUGUUGGGCGGACAUCUAUUCACUCGCAUUCAAAGUCAGCUCGGCGACCGAGACUUUGCAAAGCAAAGUGAUGGUCGGAUAUGACGGUUGCGAGCGCUGACACUCCUAUUCGGUGGUAUCCACCCCCAGGAAUCCUCGAAAGGAAUCGAGAUUGCGGUGCCAUGGAGUCAUCGGCCGCCACGUCGUCCCCAUUGCCCUCGCCCUCGCCCUCGCCCUCCCAUUCCCCAUGUCCACGCCAUUGCCCGUCCCAAAUGCAGGGGCAACCUGGAGAACAAGGAUAAUCAUUGUUCUUCAGCUGCAUGUUGGAAAAGAAGAAGAAUCAAACGAGGAAACCAAGGAAUGUUUGCUUCCGCAUUAAACCUCUGUUUGGCUGGUCGAACAGCCUAGUUAGUUGUACGGCAUGUCCGUCCUUCUGUCAAGAGACAGCCCAGCCGUCAAGUGGCCGCUGCUUUGGUUGCAGCUAUCGCCAGAAUUGGCCGAUAGCGGGUUUCGCAGCACGUCGCGUCAAGCCGCGCUCUCCACGACAGCCUGGUGGAGGCUGGCAGGAUGCCGUCUAGGUCAACAAACGGGUCUGGACUGGCAACGAACAUAACACGACUGGUGCAGCAGCAGCGAUUUGGCUAACGCAAGUGUGGAGCCGAGACAUGGUCGCUAGCAAUUUUGUCAUUGGCCGCUCGUGCUACCAACUCGUUUCGCUUAACUUCAGCUAGUCCCAAGUGAGACUAGCGCUCAUGGCCAUGAGAGGUACAGGUCAGGCGGGAACAGCAGCGACCAGCAAGAGCGCAACUCUCUCGGUUCACGGGUUUACACAGUUCAGUCCAUCCACAACGCGCCUUAGCGCCCCAACCACCGAUCGCAGUAGAGAGAACCAGAAAAAAAAGCCCCCAUAGCACCGCAACAAACCACACACAUUCGCGACGCGCGCGACGACUCCAUCGCGACAAGCGUCUGCCGUGCCACUACCCAUCCUUUUUCGACACUAUACCACCCAUACCCAUCGUCGGCAUUCAUUUUCCAAUGGUCGCUGCUAACCCCGGGGCCCCGUAGUCGCCAGAUGGGUUCGGCCAUCCUCUCUUCCCUCCUCACCACCUUUUAGCCUUCGCGUCCGCCAGCCAUGAGCUCCUGGAUGAACGACGCCUCCGCCGCCUCCGCCGUCCCCAACCACAAUGGCAAUGGCUUUGGCGCACACCUCAACGACCCUUCGCAAACCACCGGCGUCAUGAUCGACCCUUCAGCUUACAUGGCCAACGCGGCCCAAUUCAAUCCCGCCGCCGCCCAGUUCGCGAAUCCUCAACAGAUGCUCGCCCUGCAAAAUGGCGCGAUGCGCAAUUCAUCACCAUCGUUCCCGAACCCUGUCUAUCAAACCAACUCGGUCAUACCCUCGAAGCGACCUCGCCCGAGGGACGAGAGCAUCGCAGGAUCGCCCAGGCCGGCCCCAGGCAUGGCCCAGACCUCGCGGUCCGAGACGCCACAGCAGGCGCACUAUUCAAACUACCCACAGCAGCAGCAGACUCCGGGUCCCGGGCAGCCGUCGCCAUACCCACACCUCCAGCAGAAUGGUUCUGCAAACGCGACGCCAUCUCCCAUAAUGAGCAACCAAAUGCGACCUGGCAGCGUGCCUCAGCGAGUCUCGACCACCUCACCGCAUCCUUACUCGCCCGCCGCACAAAACUUCGGUUCCCAAGCGUCCCCAGCACCGUCGGAGCAUGGGGGCACACCUCAGCCGAACAACUUCAUGCCUCCUGGUGCCUUCCCCCAGGGAUUUAACCAGCACUAUGCAGCGAGUCCGACACCCGUGCGACCUUCGCCGAGUCACAUGGGUGGGCAGAUGCCCGGACAGCUCCCGGGGCAGAUGGCGCCUCAGCAGAUGGGACAGAUGGGACAGCAGAUGGGUCAGAUGCCACCACAUAUGGCGCAGCAGAUGGCCCAAAUGGGGCAAAUGCCGCCGCAGAUGGGUCAGAUGUUCCCCGGACAAAUGCAGCAGAUGAAUCCGGGCCAGAUGUCGCACAUGCAGCAUAUGCAACAGCAGCAGAUGUCGCAGGCGAGGAACGUGAUGGAUCCUCAAAGGCUCAUGUACCACCAGAUGCAGUUGCAACGACAGCUACAGCAGCAGCAACACCAGCAACAGCAACAUCAACAGCCGCAACCGCAACUCCAGCAGCCCCCACAACAGCCAAAGGCCCAGCAGCAACAACAGCCUAACUCGCAGCCACAGCAGUCGCCGACUCGGCCGUCGCCGGUGCCCCCAUCGCCUGUCCAGCAAUCACCGAUACAGCCAUCGCCCAUGCCGCCCCAGACCCCCCAAGGGCAGCCCCAAGCAAUGCAGGCUCCUCCUCAGAUGCCCGUCCAAGCCAUGCACCAGAACCGCGCGAUGAUGGGUAGGCCCCAGAUGCCCAAUGGCCAGAUGGCACCUAGCCCUAUGCGACCACAGCCCGGGCAGGUGAUGACCCCGCAGCAGCAGCAGGCGAUGCAGCGCGGCGGGCAGCCGACACCGGAGCAGUUUAUGGAAAGGUUGAGCCAGUUCAUGAGCUCGAAAGGGUUCCCGCUCGAUCCUAAUCCGAUAGUUGGCGAUCGGCCUGUCAGUCUUUGGAACUUGCGCCAGGCUGUUGCAAAACACGGGGGGUUCCGCGCGGCGCAUCAGAACAACUAUUGGGGCAGCAUCUCAAACUCUCUCGGCUUCCAUCCUGCUCAGAUGCCAAUGGCUCCGAACCAACUCCGCGUCAUAUACGAGCGCAACCUAAUGAAGUUCGAAGACGCAUGGUCCACCAGCAGGGCAAAACAGAUGCAACAGCAGCAGCAACAACAGCAACAGGCUCAGCAACACCAGGGACAGCAGGCUGGAAUGCAGGUUGCGACCCCCGGAACACCGACGAGGCCAGGGAUGUCUCACGGCCAGAUGCCGCCCGGACAUAUGAUGCAGCAGCCUGGCCAACAUCCCGCCAUGACCCACGCCCAAGUCAUGACCCCGAUGAAGCAGAUGCCGCAGCCAGGUGUUAAUGGAUUUGUGCAGCCUCAACCGCAGCCCAACGCGAUGCAAGGUCACUCGCGAAACAGCCUGUCUCGAAGCAUCCAAGGAACACCGACUCACGAUGAUUUCGCGCACCCCUCUCCGAGUGCUGUUAAGACGCCGAGGACAUCGACAUCAGGUCCAUUGCCACACGAUCCGAGUGUGAAACUGGAGCAUCAGCUCAUGACCGCCCCUCCGCCGCCGGAGAAGGACCCUGACACAUACUUCCCUCUCAAGCGACACUACCAAGACCACGGGCAUGUUACGCAUGGCGGAGUUCCUGUCGGCGCCUGGGAUGAUCUGGCCUCGAAAUUGCUGGAAACGAUUCCCGACGUGCCCCCUGUGGAGGUCUUGGGAAAUAUCGAUAUCCUCGCUCUAUGCCGCAGCCUUCAGUCUGGUAUUCGCGCCGAGGUGCGCAAUGCACUUGAUUCCCUCGCCAUGGUCACGGCUGCCGAGUCCUCGGGGCCGCAUCUGCAGAUCGAUCUCGGGCGGACAGACGAGCUGGUAGAGUGUCUCUUGGAAUGCGCCGAAGACCAAAUCGAGGUAUUGGUGGAGAAUACGGCCGAAGUAUCGGACGAGGUACUGAUAACACCGUACCAAGAUGUUGUUCGUGCCUGCUGGCUCGAAAACACAGGCGUUCACGAGGUCUACCCUGUCGGAUCUCCCGAGUACGAGGUUGAAAGAGCCGUGGACCACUUGAUAUGCAUUACGACAAUUCUUCGCAACCUGUCAUUUGGCGAAGCCAACUGGGAAGUACUCGCGGACGAGUCCGUCGUCAAGUUCUUUUGCGUCAUAAUACGCUACUUGGGCACGCGCAAUAUGCUGCUCCGGACCCAAGCCAACACGCUGGACUUCAUGAAGGAUGCCCUUAUCAUUCUCUCCAACAUCUCGACACAUAUAGAGGUACCUGGGAAGGAACAAGCGCUCUGCUUCCUCCAGUUUCUGCUGGCUUUCGCGCCGGCACCGGCGCCCUGCCUGACUGGCGACCAACUCGUCUUCCCUCCUUACCAGCCCAAAGUCCAGCCAUAUCUGCCAGCGGCCGUGGACGCACUCGCGAAGCUCCUCGUCAGCAAAGAGCAAAACCGGGACCAUUUUGCGAGCUUAUACGCCAGUGAGGCAUCCCAGGCGCCAGCCUACGAUUUGCUCACUCGGUCUUUUGGAUUGGCAGUCUCUGUCAUUCCAGACUUCAACAUGGAGUCUCGAUCACCCCUGUCUGAUGCGCGCAGGCCUGUCCUGAUGCAGGGCCUUCUCGCCGCUCAGACACUCGCCGCCCUGGCACCUGGUCAAGACUCUGGUGUAACCCGCAGCUGGCUCUCGUGCGGAAACGGUCUCUCGCAGAAUCUUAUCCAUCUGGUAAAGAGGUUAGGUCGCCAGUUUGAAACUGCACAGAUGGUUGUCCCACCCCCACAGCGGAACCAACGGUCAGGCCGGGGCGCCGUAGCACCGCAACCACAGCCUCGACACACGGAAAAGACGAUGGAGCUCGUUUACAUGGUCGUGCUAGCCAUCUCACUGCUCAGGCGACUGACAGAGAAAUCACGAGACCCAUCGGACCCCAUGGGAUCGAUUCCGCCGAAUGCGCUGCCUAGCCGAUCUACCCUGCUUGAAUUGCUGGCGAUGCGACACCCGGAGUGGACUAGUCACGGGAUGCUCCAACAGCUCGUUGCUUAUGCUGCGCUAGAGGACUGUUGAUACAAGCAGUUAUGUCUGGCUAGCGCCUCUUUCUGGGUAACGCGGGGCCUGGGGGCCAACACUCCCCGGGUCGUACCGCCCAGCUGAGCCCCGGGCGGGUGGGAUUGGCUAGUAUGCUUGAGACGAUUGCUCUUUUGCUUCGUAAAAAGAAAUUGGCAUCGGGGCGUAUGGAUAUAACGGUGUCGGCCUUUUUGUUUCUGGUGUAUCGUGGGGUUAAAUAGGCCGUGUUAUGAUUCCGAUCGGACUGGGAAAGGCUGCUCGUGCUUAGGGUGUUUGCCUUUUGAUUUCCUUUCUCGCUUUUCUUUUCUUUCUUGGAACACUCCUUCGUUCACCUUCGGCUGUUACUUAUCUAUCGUACCCUCAUUGCCGAGUGAACGAGCGGAAGGGGAGAUAUGUUCCUGGUGUUAUUAGUUCCCGCCAUUUCGUGAUUGUAUAUGAUACAGCGUACAUUUUCUUCGUAUGCCUCUCUGCCUACGUUCAUAGCACCAUUAUGGGCCGGACGAUUAUAUCUAUGCAUAACGGCAAGGGUUUCUCUCGA